AUGGACGAGCAUCUGAUAGCGACUAUCAACAAGCUGCAGGAUGCGCUGGCGCCGCUCGGGGGCGGGUCGCAGUCGCCGAUCGAUUUGCCGCAGAUUACUGUCGUCGGGUCGCAGUCGUCUGGGAAGUCCUCCGUGCUGGAGAACAUUGUAGGGAGGGAUUUCCUUCCUCGGGGGACCGGGAUUGUUACGCGGAGGCCGCUUGUGCUGCAAUUGAUCAACAGACGGUCGCAGCAGACCCCCGCUGAACAGAAGAAAUCCGAUGCGGUGCGGGAUCAACUGUUGGAUCUGAACUUGAACGACGAGGAUCAGAAGCAGAAGCAGAAGGGCGGUGAUGAGCCGCAGCAUGGCCAGUCCGAGGAUAACACGGAGGAGUGGGGGGAAUUUUUGCACUUGCCCGGGAAGAAGUUCUUCAACUUCGACGAUAUUAGGCAAGAGAUUGUCAAGGAGACUGAUAAAGUGACUGGUGCGAAUUCCGGGAUUUCUCCUGUCCCCAUCAACCUGCGUAUAUACUCCCCUUACGUGCUGACUUUGACGUUGGUUGACUUGCCCGGGUUGACGAAAGUACCCGUUGGUGACCAACCCCCUGAUAUCGAGAAGCAGAUUAAGGACAUGCUGUUGAAGUACAUUGCCAAGCCUAACGCGAUCAUUCUCUCCGUGAACGCGGCCAACACAGAUUUGGCCAACAGUGACGGGUUGAAGUUGGCCAGAGAGGUGGACCCAGAGGGGACCAGGACCAUCGGUGUGCUGACGAAAGUGGACCUGAUGGACCAGGGGACGGACGUCAUCGAUAUCUUGGCCGGUAGAGUGAUCCCAUUGCGGUACGGGUACAUUCCCGUGAUCAACAGAGGUCAGAAGGAUAUCGAGCGGAAGAAGACGAUCAGACAGGCGCUGGAGGACGAGCGCAGGUUCUUUGAAAACCACCCAUCGUACGGGUCGAAGGCUCACUACUGUGGUACGCCAUACUUGGCGAAGAAACUGAACUCGAUCCUGCUGCACCACAUCAGACAGACUCUGCCCGAGAUCAGAAACAAGAUUGAGAUGACGUUGAAGAAGUACCAGCAGGAGCUGUACAGUCUUGGGCCGGAGACGAUGGACUCCGCGUCGUCCAUUGUCCUGAGCAUGAUCACCGAUUUCUCGAACGAGUACGCCGGUAUCCUGGACGGUGAGGCAAGGGAACUGUCCAGUCAGGAGUUGUCCGGUGGUGCGAGAAUCUCCUUUGUGUUCCACGAAGUGUUCAAGAACGGUGUCGAUUCCUUGGACCCAUUCGACCAAAUCAAGGACUCGGACAUCAGAACGAUCAUGUACAACAGUUCCGGUGCCGCACCCUCACUGUUUGUCGGGACAGAGGCCUUCGAGGUGUUGGUGAAGCAGCAGAUCAGACGGUUCGAGGAGCCCGCUGUCCGGCUGAUCAACUUGAUCUUCGAUGAACUUGUCAGGAUACUGAAGCAGAUCAUCAUACAGCCCAAGUACUCGAGGUACCCUGCGUUGAGGGAGGCGAUUUCGAACCAGUUCAUCGAGUUCUUGAAAGAUGCGAUGAUCCCGACGCAAAACUUCGUCGUUGAUAUCAUCAAGGCGGAACAGACGUACAUCAACACGGCACACCCUGACUUGCUGAAGGGGUCGCAAGCAAUGGCAAUGAUCCAAGAGAAACUGCAUCCACCGGUGCAGGUUGCCGUGGACCCUAAGACGGGUAAACCGCUGCCCAACCAGCCCAGAACGUUGCAACCGCAGCAGGGCCAACAUCAACAACCACAGGGCCAACAGCAAGGUAUUCCCGAGGAGGGCAAGAACGGGUUCUUUGGUGGGUUCUUCACCUCUAAGAACAAGAAGAAAUUGGCGUCGUUGGAGUCCCCACCACCCGUGCUGAAGGCUACGGGCCAGAUGACGGAACGUGAGACGAUGGAGACGGAGGUGAUCAAGCUUUUGAUCACGAGUUACUUUGGAAUCGUGAAGCGGACCGUCGCUGACAUCAUCCCGAAGUCGAUCAUGCUGAAGCUGAUCGUCAAGUCGAAGGCAGACAUCCAGAAGACUUUGCUAGAGAAGCUGUACAGCACGCAGAAGGACGUCGAAGGCCUGACCCGCGAGAACGAUAUCACGAUCCAGAGACGCAAGGAGUGCAAGAGAAUGGUCGAGAUCUUGAGACACGCGAGCGAGAUCGUCUCCAGCGUCUAA